GAAGGAAUUUUUCGAAAUUCCCCCGCGGGGGGAGAGGGAGAGGAUUAAGGCUUAACCGGAAAAACAACUUCUACUGUACUAUUUUAGAUGUGAUUUUUUGUUUUUAACUGCAUUUUAGUAGGAUAUGCCAUGACAAUGCAAACUUAGAAGGGAUUUUUCGAAAUUCCCCAGCAGGGGGAGAGGGAGAGCAUUUAAGUCUUAACUGGACGAAUGGCUUCUACUGUACUAUUUUAGAUGCGAUUUUUUUGUUUCUGGUGGUAAUAACUCAAUUUCCAAAUGUACAAUAUUUACGUAUUACGAUUUUUUAACCAAAUGUUCAAACCGUUUUAAAUUCGAAUUUGUUACUACAUAUUUGUUCGAUUAUAGAACGAUUGCAAACGUUCUAGAAAAUUGGUCAGAUUGAAAACAUUCAAUUGAAUUAGAAGAUUCUCAGUAAUAAGGGGUAUGUUUAAUGCAAUAAUUUUAUACAUUUAGAUUGUUAUUGAUAUAAAUUACAUAAUAACUAUGGUUGUUGAAAUAAUAAAUAUAAAUGGUGUUAUGACGCCCCACACCAUUGUUCCAAUUAUAAGCGAUGGAGCUUGCCUCUUUAGAGCAAUAUCCUUUGUUUUGUAUGACACUCAAGUGAUGACCAGAGAAUUACAUGCAGAAAUAGUGGGUUACGUGAUGAGUCACUGGGAUGAUUUUUCAAUAAUGUCACAUGAUAGUGAUGGAAAUAAUUAUAGCAGUUCUGUUGAAUACUUCGACAAUAUGUCGCGAUUUCAUACUUAUGGAGGUUUAUGCGAGUUAGUAGCAGAGGGACAAAUAUUUCCAUUAACUUUCGAAGUUUACUACAAUGUAAUUCUCUUUCUAACCUGUUACCGGUGCGUCUGCUACGUCGUAACGAACCAAAACUAACGUUUUCGAACCCUUAUACCGGUUCUUCUUCCUUCUUUUUCGAAUCUCUGAUGGAAAAUGCAGCUCAUAAAAAACUUUAAAUUCGAAAUACGUAUGUUCGAAUACACGUUUCCCGUUUCCGUCGUUGUAUGUCAUGCGCAGUCGACUCCAAAACGGAUAUCAUAAAUUACCAUUCAUAAACGCUAGCCACGCCGUUGAUAACGUUAUGAGCUGCAUUUUCCAUCAGAGAUUCGAAAAAGCCUGAAGGAGAACCUGUAUAAGGGUUUGAAAACGUUAGUUUUGGUUCGUUUUUGGUUUGUUACGACGUAGUUUGUUGCACCGAUAACAGGUUAGAAAGAGAAUUCUAUUAUUCUCCGGUGUGGUGGUAAAGAAGUUUACUACAAUGGCGAGCUGUAUGAGUGGUGUAGAAGGAAACCCCGUGAAGCAACUGCGUUUUAGUUCUGUGCAAGACCUGUCUCAUGGACAUUUUGAUGUUUAUUUGCCUUAUGAAGAUGAAUUGUCAACAUCCAUUUUUAAUUUGGUUAACUCUGAUAGAAUACCCAGCUUUGAGAAAUGUACUAAAAAACGUUGUGCUAGAUUUACGAACACAAUUAGAAAAAAAAAGCUCUUACAAGCUGCUACUAAAUACCAACAAAAAAAUCCAGAAGUUAACAGAACAGCAGCAGCUAAAUACAAAAAAAAUAAUCCCAAGGUUCAUAGAGUAGCAGCAGCCCAUUACCAGCAAAAUCAUCCAGAGGUUCAUAGAGUAUCAGCAGCUCAUUACCAAAAAAAUUAUCCAGAGAUUCACAGAGCAGUCGUUUGUAGAUAUGAGCAUAAAAAUCGAGGAAAACGAAUGGAAAGGCGAUUGCUUCCAUGGAAGAUUAAAACUUUUUCCGGGAUGAAAUAUGACCCAAAGAUGGCUUAUGAAACCGAUAAAUUAUUAUCCCUGGGCACUAUGAGUCAUAAAUGCUUACACUGUAACGCCCUCAAGUUUAAAAAAGAAGCACCUGGUAUGUGCUGUAGUGCCGGUAAAGUGCAGCUUCCAGCUUUUUUGCCUCUAUCUAAGCCGCUCAAUAGUUUACUCAUGGGCCCGAAUCCUGAGCACAUUCAUUUUAUGGACCGCAUUAGGAAAUAUGCUUGCUUCCAAAUGACGUCUUUUGGAGUGAAACAAGUUAUAGAAGACGGAUUUAUGCCUACUUUCAAAGUGCAGGGUCAGGUAUAUCACUUAAUUGGUAGUCUGCAACCUUUACCUCAAAAAACCCCUCAAUUCUUACAAAUUUAUUUUGUUGGAGAGGAUGAGAGAGAGGCAAAUUUAAGAUGCAGCAUCUUCCCUGAUGUGAAAAAGAGUCUGAUAAAACAAUUACAGGCGAUGUUGCACUACUAUAACCCAUACUUAAAAGAUUUAAAAACUGCUCUUGAAAAAGUACCUCACAAUUUUAAAAACUUAGAAGUUGUAAUUCACGCUGAUAGGAAACCAGCCAAUGCUCAUAGAGGAUGUUUUAAUGCACUGAUGGCAAUUGAAGUAGUCUGGUCAUAGUUGGACAGCAGUUUGAAAAAUGAGAUAUUGUAUUACAAAGUCAUGACAACAAAUUACAACAUAUUAGUGAAGUUCACCGUUCAUACGAUGCAUUGCAAUACCUGAUACUUUUCUGUCGAGGUGAGGAUGGUUACUCCAUUGACAUCUCCCACAUUGACCUGAAAACAAAGUUACCUGUUCGAAAAACCGUUUCUGCAAUGAGCUUUUAUUCUUACCACAUCAUGAUCAGACAAAUGGAAAUCAAUCAUUUAUUAUAUUGUCGAUCUCUCUUCAGUCAAUACUUAGUUGAUAUGUUUGUAAAAAUUGAGACAGAGCGAUUAAAUUUUAUCAGAAACAACCAGGCGCAACUCCGA